AACAUGUAACCUUUUUGGCGGCUGAUCGAGUAGAGGAUUUCGCUCGUCAAUCUUAUCGCCGAUGAGGGAAGACAGACCAUCUCUGUUCGCAAAUCGCAGAGUCUGCGGGCUCGUUCCGUCGGGAAACAGGGAUUAUAUCGUUGGAAUGGCCCCCAUCUUCAGAUAAGGACGCUUCUCUCUUUUUCUCCCUCUCGUUGUUGGUUGCCCCCCAACGUCAUCAUCUUGCUGCCUAGUGCCUAAGCAAUGAAAAAGACCCUUAAAAAAGUCGCUUCCUGUCAAAUUCAUUGAACAAACAUCGCACAAAUUGUACGCCAAACGAAAAAAUCAAGGCCAAAUUUGGUGGCUUCACUCCUCACGAGUAUGACUAAUAAAUGAGAAACCCGUUCAUAUAUCCCCUCUUCGCGGCGGCAGCAACCGAUUUUCCGAAGAUCCUCCACCCACCAUGUACUACAAUCUGUACUCCCAAGAAGAGUACAUGCUCUAUAAAUGGACAAGUAAUUCGUAGAGAGGUUGAAUGUGGAGUGUCCAAAUGAAAUUGAGGAUGAAAGAGGAAUCGGGGACCCCGGCGAGAGAAUAUGAGAUGCAGCAGGUUGAUGGGGAGGAAGAAUCGCAAGCCAAUGGAACUACCCUCUGGCAGGAUUGCAAGAAGCCGGCGCCAUGGUUCCAACAGAUCACUGCAAGAGGGCUGUUUGCCAGCCUUGUGAUUGGGGUGAUGUACAGUGUGAUCGUUAUGAAACUGAAUCUUACCACAGGUUUGGUUCCUUCCCUCAAUGUCUCCGCCGCGUUGCUGGCCUUCGUCUGUUUGAGGAGUUGGACGACGGUCCUCCAUAGGGCCGGCAUCGUCACUGUGCCCUUCACGCGCCAGGAGAACACGGUAGUGCAAACGUGCGCCGUCGCCUGUUACAGUAUUGCCUUCGGAGGCGGUUUUGGAUCUUACCUGCUGGGGAUGAGCAAGAAGACGUACGAACAAGCGGGGACGGAUACGGUUGGGAAUAGUCCCGGCAGCUACAAGGACCCGGCUGUAGGGUGGAUGAUUGCUUUUCUUUUUGCUAGUGCUUUUGUUGGGCUUCUGGCCCUCGUUCCACUUAGAAAGAUUAUGAUAAUUGAUUACAAGCUGAAUUAUCCGACUGGGACUGCGACUGCUGUUCUCAUCAAUGGCUUCCACACUGUUCGGGGGAACAAAACAGCAAAGAAGCAGGUUCGAGGCUUCGCGAAAUAUUUUAGCCUUAGUUUUGUUUGGUCUUUUUUCCAGUGGUUCUACACCGGAGGAGAAUCUUGUGGAUUUUCAAACUUCCCCACCUUCGGUUUGAGAGCUUGGAAGCAGACAUUCUAUUUUGAUUUCAGCUUGACGUAUGUUGGGGCGGGGAUGAUUUGUUCACAUCUGGUUAACUUAUCUCUGCUUCUUGGAGCUGUGCUCUCGUGGGGGAUAAUGUGGCCUCUGAUUGGUGAUCAUAAAGGAAAUUGGUAUCCUGGGAGUCUACCACAAAGCAGCAUGAAAAGCCUUCAAGGUUACAAGGUUUUCAUCUCAAUUGCUCUUAUCCUUGGUGAUGGGCUCUACAACUUUGUAAAAAUACUUGCCUUCACUAUCAGGAACAUAUAUGAUCAAUUCAAGAACCGGAACAUUAGACCAGGCCCCAUGGAGAAUCACACAGAAGAUCGUGGACUAAAUGAAUUUUUCAUGAGGGAAGGCAUUCCAUUAUGGCUAGCUGCAUCAGGUUAUGCAGCUUUUGCUGUGGUUGCUAUCAUCUUAAUCCCUUUCAUGUUUCCAGAGAUGAAGUGGUAUUAUGUCGCAAUAGCAUACAUUUUUGCUCCAGCUUUAGGAUUUUGCAAUGCAUAUGGUGCUGGUCUCACUGACAUGAACAUGGCAUAUAACUAUGGGAAGGUCUCCCUCUUUGUCUUGGCUGCAUGGGCUGGCAAAGAUGGUGGUGGUGUGAUGGCUGGCCUUGUUGGUUGUGGUCUCAUCAAGUCGAUUGUUUCCAUCUCAGCUGACCUGAUGCAGGAUUUUAAGACUGCACAUUUGACUGUUACUUCCCCAAGGUCUAUGGUAAUAAGCCAGGCUAUUGGAACUGCAAUGGGGUGCGUUGUUGCUCCGCUGACCUUCUGGUUGUUCUACAAGGCCUUUGACGUGGGAAAUCCUGAUGGAGAAUUCAAAGCUCCCUAUGCACUGAUAUACAGAAACAUGGCUAUACUUGGUGUGGAGGGCUUCUCCGCACUUCCACAGCAUUGCUUGCAACUUUGCUAUGGCUUCUUCAGUUUUGCCAUGCUACUCAAUUUAGCCAGAGACCUGUUGCCAGAGGGAGCUGGGAAAUACAUUCCUUUACCUAUGGCGAUGGCAGUGCCAUUUUUAGUUGGUGCAUACUUUGCAAUUGACAUGUGUAUUGGAAGUUUGAUCAAGUUCGUAUGGGGUAGGAUUAGCAAGAAGAAGGCAACUGUGAUGGUUCCUGCAGUUGCUUCUGGUCUGAUAUGUGGAGAAGGCCUGUGGAUCCUCCCUUCCUCUAUUCUAGCGCUGGCUAAGGUGAAGCCGCCGCUGUGCAUGAGGUUCUCAUCUGGAUAGUUGAAUGAUGGUUCUGCAGGUCACUUCCAAUGAGAUUUGCUUCACUGAUGCAUCGUAUUUGCCCCAAAAUAAUGUCAUAUACUUCAUAGGGACUAACUGGCCUACGUCGAGAGAUGAAUUUUGUAGCAGGCUCAUAGCAGCAGCAUGACUGGGAAAUGCAUGUGGCUACCUGUCAUUUUGUUUACUCUUCGUGAAGGAGGAUAGCGAUUCCAAUUGCAGUAACUAAAACUGCGCCCUUCAAUGGGAAUUGUUUCCCCUUUCUCUCAUGGGUGCAGUGGAUCACGCAAAUAUUCAUAUCUAAAACGUAUGCGCUUUUCAAGAAUAUUUUAUACCGGAAGCAAAGAGGUGGAUGUGAAUUGUAGCCAUGAUUUUUAUUGACAUGUACUGUAAGAUAGCCUGGUAAAUAAUUUGUUCAUGAAGCUAUUUUGUUCUUC